UAUAUCCUUGGCAAUUAAAUUAAGAGUGUGUUUGAUCGAAGAAAUUGAUAAAUAGCUGAUGAUUGGCGCCUCCACGAUCAAUUAGCUUUCAAUCGAGUUCCGUGCAGGACGCGAUAGCCGUUGAAAGGAAUUAAGUCGAAGUGCAGAAGUUGACGCAAAAAUGGUUGUAGAUAAAAUGAGGAAGUUGUUUGCGGGGAAGUUUGGAGAGCCCCUAUGUGAUGACAACGCAAAGGAAAAGAGGCCCUAUUUUCCUUAUCUGUAUGUGGAAGUCUUGCGUGCCUUCUGCACAUUCGUCAAUGGGGAUGAGCCUUUGCAACCCCUCACAGUGAUCGGAGUCAGGCGAGGGGGACUACCAAGGCAUGAAGGAAUUUAUGAUGAUGAUAUUGUAGUGAAAAUCAAUGAUAUUCCAGUUAAAGGCAUGAGAUUGAGAGAAGCUCAAUUGAUGAUCCGUAAAUCUGGAAGAUUUGUUAGAGUUCUUGUGAAAGACGAAGCCGAUGACGCCAUUAAUGAAGACCUUUUGAAUCAAAGCAGAAAUAAGUACGCGACGCAUGACUGGGAACAAAUAUUUCCGUGGAAUGAUAUUGAGAAACCAAUCUACCAUGAAUCCAAUUGCCAUAUGGUACCCAGCCAAGCCCUAUUGAGAAUGCAGAGAGCACGAGAAUUGGCGGAAUUGAUCGAGGAGCAAAGGCAGCAACAGGAACUGAAACGACUGGCAAAUCUAGUUGGAAAAACAGAGGCAAAAGUUGAAGAGACUGUUGAAGAAGAAAAGGAAGAAUCCAUCCCGUCCUCUCCAAUUCCUGAAUGUAUCAGACUAUACGAACUCUUUGACACGAUAUUCUACCUACAGAAGCGCGAACCCUGCUCCUGUGAACAUGUCACAUAUCUCGUUUACAAAACACAAUUACCAGAUAUUAAUGAAAAACACGUUAAAUUCAAUCUGUAAUUUUUUUUAUAUCGAUGCAAAUUUCCUCAAUAAAAAUAAGGCCAUUUUCUUAAA